AUGAAUAACUCUACAGUGAACUUCACCACACCUGAAGAAACCACAACUUCCACUGGGUUCCUGCUCGGUCUGGAAAUUUGUUGCUACAUCAUCAACAUCCUUUUUGGUCUUCCAGCACACGCUUAUGUUAUAUGGUUCAUCAUCAAGACAAAUGCGCUUGCAUCAGAGUUCUUUAUUUUUAAUCUCACCAUCUGUGAGAUCGGUCAAUGUGUCAAUUGUAUGUUUUCUAUACUGAUAACUUGGUUUUCAAGUCUCAAUACUUUAUCAUUGGCUUUAUUUGGACUGUUCUUUACCAGUCGCCCUGUGUUUCAUUCUUUGAUCUGUGUCGAGCGUUACCUGGCUGUGGUUCAUCCUGUAACUUUUCUGAAGUACAAACCUCUCAGAUAUAAAGUCAUCUGUUGCACGGCUGCCUGGAUCAUUUGUCUUGGAUCCUGUUUGUGCUGUUUGCUGUUAAACUCAUAUGACUGGAUAGCAUAUAGAGGGGUUUUCUCCACACAGUUUUUUAUCUUUCUCUCCAUUCAGUUGUUUUGUUGUGUGGCUGUUCUCAGAGCUCUGAAGCAGUCAGGACCAGGAGAGAGAGGAAGAGAGAGAGAGGAGGAAAACAACAUGAAGAGAAGAGCGUUUUAUCUCAUUCUCAUAACUAAUGUCAGCAUACUUAUCACAUACCCCCCGUUAGUUAGCUUUGGAUUUUUUGUUGUUUUGUCAAAAGUUGAUCUUGCUGAGGCAAUGUGGCUUAUUGGUUUGAUUUGUUUUGUUCUGUGUGGUUUUGUUCAACCUGUGCUUUAUCUGAACCGAGCUGGAAAACUCAGCUGCUUCUGUUCUCCAUAA